GAUUCUGUUCCCAAAGACUCAACCACACUGGCGCAGCCGACAGCUGAAAUGCCCAAGUCCAAGAAGAAAGGCGCAGCUCCAACUCCUCCUGAGCCCGAGCCAAAUGCCACACCAGUGAAUGAGUCGACUGGCAAGCCGGUGGAGAGUGCUGUUGAGGAGGACGUCAAUUCUGGGAAAGAAGAUCUGGACAAGCAGUUGGAGGAGAAGUCAACGAUGUCAAAGGAAAAGUUACAAACCAAUCCUUUCACGGACGUCGAAUUCGAUCCACUUUCUUUCCGCGUGCCUGAUGCGCAUCAAACUGUCGUUCAUGAUGUGAUCCAUUAUUCGCCUGAGGGAACAGUUCGCACUCCCACAUUCUCUCCAACACCUCACAAAUCGGAUGUGCCAUUCGUUGAGAGAAAAUCGAACAUUAUCCUCAAUGACAAGACUGGGUACAAAACGAUUCGUGUAACGCAGUUCGAUGGGUCUGUGGACAGGACUGUAGACAAGAAGAUGAUGGAGUCAACAUCUCCCGAAUCGUCACCUCUGCCGUCAGCGAUUCGAUCAAAGUUCGAGGAAUCUCGCCCUCCUGACCAAGUGCCAAUGAAAAAGAAGCCAAGCCAAGAAGAGCUCUUCCUUCUGACGACGGAAGACAUCGGCGAGUUGCGCAGGGCCGCUGAAAUAACGCAAGACUAUGGGGCGUUAAAGGCAAAAUUCGAACUCUGGCAGGCGCUACAAUCGCGGAAUCGGAACUCGCCUGAAGCGAGGCAGCUGCAUAUGGAACUUAUUCACCAGCAUGACUCCCUGAUGAAGAAGCUACAGCAAGUCACCGACACUGCAGUACCGAUGGCAAAAAAACGACCGAGUAUAGCCUCAGACACCUUCUCGCCGUGGUAUUCAGUGACCUCUAGCCAUUCUCUUUCGCCCACAACAUCGACUUCAAGCGAGGGAACGGAACGAUCGGUGAUCGUCUCUAAGACAUCUCGCUCUACCGCAACAGGUCAUUCCGUUUCGCCGAAUAUUCGUCGAACGGAAGUCGCAAGGGAGAAGCAUCAGCCGUUCUCGAGACCGCAGAUUUUCACGGAGGAGGUGAUUUCGAGAGAAGAGGAGCGAGAACGCGCUCUACAACGCAUCAUUGAAGAGGCAAAGGAAUUGAAGCGGAAGGAACAUGAACUGCGCGAAGCUAACGGUACUGUCACAUCGGCGUCAAAGAGGCCAGCUGUUCACACGCCAACUCCGAGACGCGCAGAGCCUCCGUCGUCUCAGAAAUCACCCAGAACUGAUGCAAGAACGACUCGGACCCACGUUCAGAAGGUUGCUCAUCAAAUACAGUCAUCCGAUGGGAACAACAAUUCAAUCCGCAAUAGAACAAGCACACCGAUCAGCAGCUUAGCAACCCUCAAGCGUGACACCCCGACAGUUUUUCCUGUACGGCCUCUUGUCCAGAACAGGCAUCAUUACCCUCCCGUAAAAGCUAUUCACACCAACGAAAUCGUGUAUGAGACAUGGAGUGGCUCUAGGUCGGGUCAUCUUCCUCGAAGCCAACCCUUCAAAACUCCACCGCCGCAAAAGCACGAGAAGUCAAAGACGUCCAGGCCUGCUCUACCACCUUUCACUGCUAGCUCUCCCUCCCUUGCUGGACAGGCGGUUAAUAAGGAGUCCCUAACGGUGGGGAGAAAAAUCAACACGUCAUCCUCAGCACUUCAUCCGCAAAUAUCUCAGACAUCCGCUGCCUCGAUCAAACCUACUCCAGCGAAACUGCCAUUGGCAGCUCUUCGGGCUCUUUCAUCCGAAACUUCGGAAAGUUCACCGUCACCACUCAGUCCAGAUGUUGAAUCGAACAUCCGAAAAGUGAAAGAGUCUGUUAAACAACAGACUCUGAGCCGUAAAGCGGCCAACGAAAUACUGCUAAAGUCGCAAUCAGAAAGUUCUUCGAUUGCGGUUGCCACAGCUGAGAGUUCAGCCACCUCGGGAAACUCUCCUAUUGUUAGGGUCGGAGAAAAUGGAACCUCAAUCUUUGUCAGAUCAACUUCCGAAAAUGGAGAAACUACCAACAACAUCGCAAAUAUGCUCAAGCAAGGUCUUCCCGCACUCAAAAAAGUCGGGACACCAGUCGAGAAAGGCGGUAUAGUUCUUGGAAAAGUGCUCGACUCCAGCACGGAAAAUGCUGUGUUUCAGCAGGAAACAGUUUUUGCUCAGCUGCCUCCACUCACUCCACCGCCACCUCCUCCUCCUCCACCACCUCCUACUCUAUUUGCCUCUUGUUCACGCCCACCUUCUAACCCUAUUCCAAGACGUCAACCCGCACCACAGUCGCUUCCUCAUUCCACCUCGUUGAUUUCAAUGAGAGAUUUGGAGCGCCAAAAAACCAAACUCAAACCGGCCGUUGUCACGGAAAAGCCUGUCGUUCCCAUGGAUGUUCGAGAUAGUCUUAUGGCCGAAAUCAGGAAUGCGGGAGGGAUUCGCGCUCUUCGCAGAACACCCCGAAUGUGA